UGUGUGGAGGGAGGGGUGAAGCGAGCAGUCGGAGGCAGGAGCGUUGGAUUAUUAGACUCAGUGAAGACGGGAUGAUGAUGGUUGGACAGAGAAACACAGCGAGACACUGAUAUAAACGCACGUGACGGACACACACACGCACAUACGACUGUUACAACAUGGGGGCGGUUGUCGGAACACUGAGCUUACAGACGAGACAGAGACGACCAUCAAGAGCAACAAUGUUCGGAUCUUCAAACAAUGAUAGGGUGUGUGAUGAUCUGGAGCUGUCUGUAGUGUGUCAUCGUCCAGAGGCUUUGGACCUGCUGGAGGCUCAAUCAAACUUCAACAGGAAAGAGCUGCAAGUGCUGUACAGAGGCUUUAAAAACGAAUGUCCCAGUGGCGUGGUCAACGAGGAGACGUUCAAACAGAUCUACUCGCAGUUCUUUCCUCACGGCGACGCCAGCACAUACGCACAUUACCUGUUCAACGCCUUCGACUCUUCCCAAAGUGGAUCAAUCAAAUUCGAGGACUUUGUAACGGCUCUGUCCAUCUUGUUGAGAGGAACAACAACAGAGAAGUUACAGUGGACCUUCAACCUGUACGACAUUAACAAAGAUGGCUACAUUAAUAAAGAGGAGAUGACCGAUAUAGUGAAAGCCAUAUAUGACAUGAUGGGGCGCUUCACGUAUCCCGCUCUGAAGACCGACACCACCAAACAGCACGUGGAUGCUUUCUUUCAGAAAAUGGACAAGAACAGAGAUGGAGUCGUCACUCUUGAUGAGUUUAUUCUCUCCUGUCAAGAGGAUGAAAACAUCAUGCGAUCAUUGCAGCUCUUUGAGAAUGUGAUAUAGAGCCAGAGGAAGAGGAGGAUGAAGGGCAGAAAAGGGAAAUUAGUCAGAGAAAGAAACCAAUGAACUCUUGAAUCUGACCGGUUUUCAGUUAAAAAUAAACAAGAGAAAUAACUUUUACUCCUUCAACACGGUAAUUCUGGAAGUGUGACCGACGUCAGACAGCGUCACAUGCCGCCGGAAAACCGACACGUCUUUGUUAUGAACCCUCUGUGUUUGACCUCGUUCUGUUGCAGAUGUGAAAAUGAUGUCUAUAACCUAAGAAAAGGAAGUAGUUAAAAGAGCAUGUGAGUAAUUGUGUUCACGAAGGCCCAGCCCAAAAAACUUUGAUUUGAAAAUAUGUCAGUGAUGUUUGAUGCAUCCGAGCUUUUUAACCAGUUGUCCAUGGAUUUGGGAACGUGACCUCUGAAUCACUCGACCUGUGAUCUGAUAAUCCUCCAAAAGAUGUGCUGAAUCGUGUCCGUCAUUUAGGUAGAAAUGUCCUAAUCCAGUAUUAUAACCAGUGUCUAUAGCUGGCUGUCUGCAGAAGUGUGUGACGGCGGUGUGUUUGACAGUUUCUGUGUCCUGCGCUCGUGCAUCGUGUCAUCCGUGUCUGAUCAUCCCUGCUCGAUCCGAUGUGUGCUCAUGUCCAUUAUUUCUGAUGGUCUCAUCACUUGUACCCGUCUCUGUCCUACUCGAAGAUCUGCUUUCUGAUUGGUCUGUUUGUCGACAUCAUGUCCAGGUCACAUUUCACCCCAGUAUCCUCAUUAACGAAACACUGAUUCAUUUAAAUAUGCAAAUUACUUUUUUUAUUUUUUUUUCGGGGUGAAAUAUGACUAAUUGGCUUUGUGCAGAUGGCAAUGAAGAUUUUGAUUGACAUGUGCCGUAGCAAACUUUAGCAGUCACUAUAUUUGUUUGUGUGUUUAACUUUUAUUUAUAAAAAAAAACACUAUUUUUUUUAUUUACUGCGUGAAAGCUGUGAAUUGCCAAAACUUAUACUGUUUUAUACAGCCAUAAUGCCACCUUACUGUGAAGAGAGAGAGAGAGAGCAAGAGAAAAAUAAUAAUAAUUAAAUAAGACUGUGAUUGAUUAGUCCUGACAGGCUCAAAAUCCAUUUGACUAAAUCUAACUGAUGCAUAUCUGAGCAAAA